GGAUCAAUUAUGUGCCAAAAUAUGGCUAGGCCUUUCCUUUCUGGCUGCCCACUUCAAUUAUUGGCUAUGAGUCUACUAGCAAUGUUUUUCUGUGCCAGCACUGUGGAAAAUAAGAAACAGGAAGACAGAAGGAACCAGGAAAAGGCAUCUCAAUGGAAUGAAACGAGCAGUCUUCCCUUGCCAUCAUCCCAGGAUUCAGAAAAUACUCCACAAAAGAUUCAUAGCUCGGAUUCCCGGAAUGCUUGGAUGCUCCUCAUGAACAAUGAAGUGAGGAGCAAAAAAAAUAAUAAAAACAAGUCCGGAAAGAUUAAGUUUGGCAUUCCAGGCCUGUUAGAGGCUGCAGAGCCAGCACAAUCUCGUCCAGAUACUAUUACUCAGGAGAAAUUGCUGAGGGAAUUCCAGCUGCUGCUCAAAGGAAUAAUUAGAAAGCAAGAGAGGAUCAAUAUGAAAACCACCAGCAAAACAUGCCAGCGUGGAGAGGAUGGAGAUGGAAAAGAAGAGAAUUUAUUUCCCCAAAAUAGGGUCCCACUGAUAACAAGCAGGGAACAAGGACGAAUAGAAGCAGCAUUCCACUGCCAGACCCGGAAGAACAUUUCAGUGGAUCGACGGUCCCUUCAAGAACUUCAGCUUUAUUAUAUACCUAAGAAAGAGGAGCUAUUCCAUCGUGGCCUAGGUCUAAACCUCAACAAUGGUCAAUAUAUGGCCCCUGUCAGUGGAUACUACAUUUUCAGUGCCAGACUGUAUGUUGUUCCUCAAAUACAUCCUACAAAGUAUCGAUCACGGGCCCGAGAUCGCCUGCGCUUGCUGAUUUGUGUCGAGUCACUCUGCCGCCUGAAAAGUUCUUUGGAAACAGUCAGCAGUUUGGACAAAUCCAGUGAAUAUUUCACUAUUUCAGUCAGUGGAAUUCUCUUUCUGCAGGUUGGCCAGUAUGCUUCAGUUUUCAUAGAUAAUGCAACAGGAUCCUCCUUCAUUGUACGAAGUGGGUCAGACUUCAGGGGUGUCCUCUUAGGUAUCUAAAUGACCUAGAACUGCCUAUUUUUAAGCUGAAAUCCUGCCUUUAAUCAGCUCUAAGCAAAGCUUCUGUCUUUUGGUCAAGUGGAAUUGGAAUCAUUAGAAGCACAAACCCUUGAUUAAACAUCUAAAGGUGAAAAAUGUGAUUGUAGAAAGAGUUCAGCAUGUGGCAGAACAUCCAAAGGAAGAUCACAAGUGACAUUUGAUUGAAGACAAUUUAUAUUUUCCUCUUGCGCUAAAAGUUUGAAAUUUGACCCGUUUCCUAGUAUACCUUUGGACAUGGCUCUCAACCCUACUUUAAUCCCAAGAAUUUACAGUACUUGCUGUUCCCUCCACAACAGAAUGGCUUUAUAAAACAUAAGACUUUUCCUGAAGAUAUUAUCAGCUCAUUAAGUGUAUCAAACACUUCUACCACUCUGCAUGUAUGUACUUACAGAAAUCCUCCGGUGUUUUACCUUUUGUUCAUUUGUAUCUUAGCUUUCUUCCAAGAGCUUAUGAUGGUAAACUCUCUUCUCUAAUAAUUACCCCCACCAAUACUUUGUUGGACUGAAAAGAUCAUGUCAGGGCUAAAGUCAUCUCAUGAAUUUUCGUAAUAAUGAAUUUUGGUCCAAAUCUCCCUGGUUCCAUAUCCAAACCACUGCCCUACAUUAAUCAAUGUGAAAUGUCCUUUUGUAUGGUACUCUACGGCUCUUAACUGAUGACACUAUAUACAUUACUAUCAAUCACAUUGACACAGAUAAUUACAGUAGUACUGGGUUGCUUAUAAAUGCUGCUAACCCUAAAAACUGUUGCCUUACACCUGUCAGUUUACAUUGUUUCGGUGCACUAAAUCCAAGAAUGGAGGAAAGGCAAGUGCACUUUGAAUUUAAUUCCUAAUUGUAUCAGACCAAGUUUAUGAAAUUAUGUGCUCACCAAUUACAGUAAGGGAACUUUUCUUUCAGAGUAAUAGUCUUUAUUUUCCCUGUAGCUAUCAGAACUGUAGUAUGAUAUCCAACAAAACCAACACAGCACCACCCUCUAGCCCUACAGCACCACUGGCACGUAGGCAAAAUUUUAAGCCAUUUCUCUAAUUUAUAUAUCAGAGAAAUGCAGAGGACACACCCUUAUCUAUUCCAGCCUGAAAGCCACUUCUUUAACUGCUGCUCCUUCUCAUAAUCGCUUUCCAUAAGCAAAUACAUAUACAGUAUUUUAGCAAAACUAGUUGGGAGUUAUAGCAGCAGGCAGACACCAGCUCAGUUCGACACAACUUUAUAGGCUCAUAGUAAUCACACAUCUACAAAUUCUAGUUUAAGUUAAAUCCACUUAAAUAUUCAGGAAACUCAGGAAUAAUGCAUUUUAGGAUCUUCCUUUCCUAAAAACACUCUU